UAAGAGUCAAGUGACAAAACUCAUGAUAAAACAUUUUAAAGUGGAAGUUGAAAAUUGCACACUGAUGUGGGACACAAAAGAAGAGGAAGAAAUUUGAAAUGCAAGCACACUUGUGCUUUUAAAACGGUAAAUCUAGUUUCAGUUCCACAAUGGGAAUGAUUAGGUGCGUAUCUAAUUCAGAGCUGAGAGAUUUCAGCAGCAGGGGGCACUCGUGGCUUUGUCUGUCCAGAACAUAACUCGUGACCCAUAUUUAGUGCACGUGACUAAUAUUUACGGAAGUAGGCUGACUUGUCAGCUGCCGUGUUGUGAACGGAAACUAACCUUUGUGGUUGUCACGUGCCGCUAUUAAUAUAACAGUAGCUUUGUAUCGUAUUGUAAUUUAACUGCAACAGUAUCGCUUACCGCUGGGACCAUGUCUUAUUUAUUCCUGCCUGUGUUGACGGUUAGCUUAUAAGCUGUAGACAAAUCAGUUGAAUGAUGCCCUGAUGUUAGCUAGCGUUGCUACCAUUAACAUCACAGAGCAACUAACUUCUUUGACUUUCAGCUCCACUCAUACAGGCGUAGUUCACUUGUUGUCCGUCUAAGCGUGUGUGCACUGGGUCAUGUGAAGUGCUUCUAGUCAGUUGGAAAAUAUCCGCGUGUGUUUCGCUGCUGUUUCUGGACAACGUUGACGAAAGCUAACCGCUAGCUCGCUAGCCAGAGGUAAACAUGGGAGCAGAACAGAGCGGAGAAGCGGAGCACAAACACUCCGAUUACAGCUCCUCAGUGGUGCCAUCUCCAGCAAAACAGAAGGCCAAGAUGGAUGAUAUUGUGGUUGUGACUCAGGGCACUCAGUCCCUUAGGAACAUCCACAAUGACCCAGAUGUCAUCAAGCUUCAGGAAAUACCCACCUUCCAGCCCCUUUUGAAAGGAGUGCUGAGUGGCCAGACAUCACCCAGCACUGUGUGUCUGGAAAGACUGGAUGCCACCCAAGUUCUACAGCUCUGCAUCCGCUACCAGGACCAUCUACAUCAGUGUGCAGAAGCCGUGGCCUUUGACCAGAACGCCCUGGUCAAGAGGAUCAAAGAGAUGGACUUGUCUGUAGAAACGCUGUUCAGCAUAAUGCAGGAGCGCCAGAAGCGCUUUGCCAAGUAUGCCGAACAGAUCCAGAAGGUCAACGAGAUGUCCAUGAUCCUGAGACGUAUCCAGAUGGGAAUCGACCAGACGGUGCCUCUGAUGGAGCGCCUUAACAACAUGUUGCCUGAGAGCGAACGCCUGGAGCCCUUCAGCAUGAGGCCUGAUGGAGAUUCUUCUACUAAGUAGCCUCCAGGAAACCGACACGGCAGCAUCCCACCCAAGUCUCCACACAGUCCUCUGUCUGGUAGGAAGUACAGGUCUGAGAAUGCUCAGCUGUCAAGCUCAUUAUCUCUUUUUUUUUUUAGUUGUUUCACUUAAUGCUCAACACACAUGCUCUCAAGAAGCAGCACCGCACUUAACAAUUCAAAAAUGCAAUCAAACAUUUACACAUGAAUUGAAACCACAUCCUUCUGCGACCAGCCGCAGACCAGCUCUUCUGGACCAGAUGUUAAAUAUUGAAGUGCUACAUCCAGUCACAGGCCUCCUUUGUUAAUAUAAAACAAACACGUGUGGGGAUGGGAUUUACUCCAUAUGGCCUAAAAACAUGUCUUGCAUAUGUGCUUUUGCAGCUUAGUAUGGUUCUUGGCAACAUGGAAGUAUCUCAGAAUGUUUCAGGAGACUCUGAAGAUCCACUGAAAAUUUUCAAUUUUGAUCAGUGAUGGUGGAUGAAAAUGUAUGUACUUCGCAUAGUGACUGCUUUUAAGUGUUGGAACUCCAUCGGCAUAUGAGUUUCGGGACAUGAUGAGAACAAAAGUUCGAAACAAAGGAUUGCUGCCCUUGGAUUGCUCAAAGACUAUGGAUGUGCUGUACUUUGGAAUUAAAAUGAGAGCGCUCGCCUUUUUUUUGUGGGGAAACUUUAAUUUAUUUGUACAUUUUUGCUUGAGUAAUUGUGUUAAGUCUGUGGCAUGCAAAACAGUAAAGUGAGUAAAUAAUAAAUAAAUGAAUAGACGUUGAAGUCUCAGCUGAGUAGACACAGGCACAGGUGUGAACCCACCACAGUUAAGACAAGAGUGAGGACACAUUUCAACUCAAACUACAUUUAGAGGAGGCUUUGAACCCACUACAGUUUCACACUGAACCAAAAUUGAUUAUUUUAUCUUGCUUGUUUUCCACACACACACACACACACACACACACACAUUAGCAAAGGACUGAUCUGUAUAGUCAGACUGGUUAAAAACAACAUAAUUUAGAAUAUGUAAGCUGAAAUGACUUGUCUAUGUAUUUGCGUGCAGAGCAGGGAAGUGAUAUCCGAUCAUUAGUGGUCACAGAACAUGCAUCCUGUACACAUUUUGUUAUUAAUAUCAGUUUUGAACAGGGACUUUGUUUGGUUUUCACAACAAUAGCAUGCAUACCGAAGAUUCACAGUCGAUGUAGCUUGACACUGUCAAUAUUUUGGUUCUCUGUUGAAAGUGUUCACUCUUCUACUUCUUGUGUUUAUUGUUUGUUUAUAUAUAAGUUGUGCUCUUUAAGCAUCAGUGGCAGCUCUAGUAAUUAAAAACAAACUCUUGCUUACACUUGGUGGUCAGGACACAUAGUUCUGUUUUUAUGUUCCAUGUUCUUGAAAAAUUGGUCUUUUAACACCAACAAUUCCAGUGGAUGCCAGAGUUCAGUGAGACAAAGGAUACUUUAUUGGUACUAUAAUAUUAAACAAUAUUUUAAUUUGAAAUUUAUGUUGAAAUGUGGUUUUCUUAUAUUUAAGGACUAUGGAAACACAUUCUCAUUCAUUAGAACAAAAUAAUAAUAGACCCAGUUCCAGUGUAACUGCAAAAAAAUGACUUGAUAUAGAUAAAGUAAAUGUAUAGUUUCAUAAUUUAUUUAUUUAGUGAAAAGCUGUUAAAAAUGCACAAUAAUAGACUGAGCAGCUAAAUGGUCACAUCUAGUGAGUAACAUUUAAGAGGGUGUUCUGACAGAAAUGUAAUACAGUACCCACAAGGAGGUUUGUAUAUGAGUAAAAAUCAUUUAAUUUUCAUCACCUUAGAAAAAGUUUUGGUAGCUGUAACCAUGUUUCCUUAGCUUCCAAUCAGACAAAUCAGCCAGAGCAUGCAUUUUGUGUUUUGAAAAGGAAGCUUACAACGUAAAUGUAGAAUGACAUUCUCUCUGGUAUCUGAAGUCCACUGUAGUUCCCUGACAUUAUUGGGAAAGGGAGAAGUCCUCAAAUCUGUAGUCUCACCAGUAGAUGUAACAAAUUCUUACACAGUGGACUUUUAAAUAGAGGGGAAAAAAGCACUUUCAAAAUACAAAAGUGAAAAAGGAAAAUACUCCAUCCUCAGCCAGCCUUUAAAGCAAAGUGCUAUGCCUACUUUAAGAGUCAAUUUUGUUUUUUGAAAGAUUUCCACUUCCAACUAACCCCCAAAAGACCAUGUCAGAAAUUAAGGUAUUUUUUGCCAAGGAGGAGCUUGUUCUCCUUAAGGAAAGUGUUUUUUUUUUGCUGUGGAUGGAGUUGCACAAGCCAGUGCCGUCUGGUUGUAUGCUUUGUUAUAGUUUCCACUUGUGUAUAAACACACUGAACUCAAUUACACCGACAGAAGGAUCAUCCUCUCCUCUCACUUUCUUUGAAGUACAGAAUUAGCCUGCUACGUUGACAUAAGGGACAUUAGGCAGAGACGAGUUUCUUUUGAAUUUUAAGCAGAACUCUUUUGAUAUGUUAUUGCCUUUUAAAAUGUGUGAGAAAUGUCUUAAAUUGCCUCAAGGUUAUUGUUUGAUCAUUGCAGCAGAAAUGGAAAUUGUCAUUGCAUUGUGUGUGGUGAGGACGUGUGAGGACGUGUAAGACUUCCUUGGACUGUUUGUAAUAAAGAAAAGCUCCUAAUGUUUAGACCUGGAUAUUAACGCCAUGAGAUGAUACAAUGGGACCUGCCACUGGGUAAUUUAUUCUCUAAAAUGAAAAAAGAAAUCCAAUUACUCCUGUAUACUUCUUCUCACUUGAAUAUAAAUCAUGGCUGUGUUGCACCA